AUGCCUAAGGACUUGCCAGAGAUCACUGCUCUACCAGAAUCUUACAAACCGUGUAUCGGGAUAUGUUCAGGCCGUACGGCGACUGACCUUGAAACGCUGUUAAAUGAAGAUGCGAAACAAGCCUGCAUUAUUGUGUGGAAACGAGAGGAUUUUCUCAUCAGCGAACAUGGACGCGCAAAUGCAAACUCAGCCUUCCUGGCUGAGUUGGGCGCCAGUGUAACAAGAACGCGAGGUAGACACGAUCAUCUGCGCCACGGGGAAAUCAUCAGCUUCGAUACAUCAUUCAUGCCGCCUUCCAAAGUGCUCUUUAAUGGCAAAAAUCUCCAAGACAACUUCCGUGGCGACAUCAAGGGACGUGUCUCAGUUAUCCUCCACCUAGCUGAAGUUCCUAAUUAUUUUUGUUUUCUUGGCGCAUAUGGGUCAUUGGCUUACGAAAAGGAGUCAUUAAACAUCAUAGGACAUGGUUCUGUUCAACCAAUUAUCGAACACGUUACAGAGCACGUGCUUCAAAUAAUUGAGAGAGCACGGAAAAAUAGCGUGAAGAGGUUAUCUGUCAAGAGAUCAGUUUCUGAAGACUUUACCCGCUAUCCAGAUGAGUACCUAAAACUGACGGGUUGGUCCGGUCCCUGUAACUCAUGGUCCCGCAAUGGCAAGAUCUCGAAUAAACCAGUACUUUGGCCCGGAUCUCCAAUCCACUUACUCACCGUCCUUCAAUGCCCAAGAUUCGAAAAUUUCGAUUUUGAAUAUCUUGAUGGAAACUCAUACUCGUUCUUGCGAGAUAGAUUUGAUAUGCGAGAAGUAGACGGCGUGAGUGACAAAAGACCCAAAUGCGUUAUUACCAGCUGA